AUGCUGCGCGUGCGAAUCUCAGCCGUGGCUUUUCUCCUUGCCCUAACGGCCAGCGUGAUAUCCUCGACGCAUAAUGUCGCGGGAGCCACGACGUUCGAGGCCAUGAGUCUGCAGGAAGUCGACGAGCGGUUGCAGACGUGCCCCAUCGUCCAACAUCUCUCCUCCGCCAAGCACGCCCACCAUGCGGCAGCUCCGUCGACCCUCACAACGCGCCUCUUCGCAACCCUCUUCCCCGGUUCUCCGGCCGUGAACGCCCUCCUCGCCACGCUGUAUAUAUCCGGACCGCCGAAUUUUCUGCUCGCCCUGUGCCCUACCAACAUUGACCCGUCGUCGCUCAGUGUCAUGGUUGCUUUCGCAGUGGGAGGGCUGCUGGGCGACACGCUCUUCCACCUGCUUCCCGAGAUAUUCUUGGGUGAGGACGAGGCCGACCGGGUCAAGUUCGUGCUGGUUGAGCCCAACAGGAAUCUGGUUCUGGGGCUGGCCAUCCUCGUCGGGUUCAUGACUUUUGUGGCCAUGGAUAAGGGGCUGAGAAUCGCUACGGGUGGUGCCGGUCACGAUCACGCGCAUGGACACGCCGGACACGCCGCGGAUGAGGCCAAGGCUGUUUCGACGGGAGUCGAUGGCAAUGGCGAGGUCAGGUCUAGGAAAAGGGGCAAGGGGAAGGAAGACGGGCACGCUGCGGCGGAGCAGAAGGGAAAGGAGGCGAACCCCAGCGUCAAACUGGGGGGGUAUUUGAACCUCAUCGCCGACUUUACCCACAACAUCACUGAUGGUCUGGCCAUGUCGGCCAGCUUCUACGCCUCUCCUACGAUUGGCGCCACCACAACCGUUGCUGUCUUCUUCCACGAGAUCCCCCACGAGGUGGGCGAUUUCGCGCUGCUCGUGCAGUCUGGUUUCUCGAAACGAGCAGCCAUGGCGUCGCAGUUCGUCACGGCCAUCGGCGCACUCCUCGGCACCUUGAUUGGGAUCGCCGUGCAGGAGCUUGGGGGCGCGUCUUCCGAGGGGGGCGAAGCGGGAAUGCCGAGGAAUGGCGGCCUCUGGGGAACUAGUUUGUCAUGGGGCGACAUGUUACUGCCCUUCACGGCCGGCACCUUUCUCUACGUCGGCACAGUCGCCGUGGUGCCGGAACUUCUUGAGACGGGGCCCAACAAGACGGCCGAGUUGCGCAAGACGCUGGUCCAGUUUACGGCAUUGGCGGUGGGUGCUGGUGUGAUGCUGUACAUCUCGUGGCAUGAUUGA